AUGGUGUGCCUUUGGUGCCCCGCGGGCUCCUGGACAGUAAUUCUGACAGUGAGACUGACGUUGCUGAGCCCCCUCCUAGCGUGGGCUGGGGACCCCCCACCACUUUUCAUGGUGCAGGGGAAGUGCGAGUGUCAUUUCUCCAACGGGACGCGGGAGGUGCGCUUCCUGGACAGGUACAUCUACAACCGGGAGGAGCUGGUGCGCUUCGACAGCUACGUGGGGGAGUACCGGGCGGUGAGCGAGCUGGGGCGGCCGGCCGCCGAGCUCUGGAACCGCCAGAAGGAUGCCCUGGAGCGGGCGCGGGCCGCCGUGCACACCUACUGCAGGAACAACUACGAGUUCUUCCAGAGCCGCACCGUGCGGCGGCGAGUGGAGCCUACAGUGACUGUGUAUCCUGCAAAGACCCAGCCCCUGUGGCACCACAACCUCCUGGUCUGUUCUGUGAAUGGUUUCUAUCCAGGCCACACUGAAGUCAGGUGGUUCCGGAACGGCCAGGAAGAGAAGGCUGGGGUGGUCUCCACAGGCCUGAUCCCUAAUGGAGACUGGACCUUCCAGAUCAUGGUGAUGCUUGAAAUAGUUCCUCAGAGUGGAGAGGUCUACACCUGCCACGUGGAACACCCCAGCCGCACGAGCCCUGUCACAGUGGAAUGGAGGGCACAGUAUGAACUUUCACAAAGCAAGAUGCUGAGUGGAAUCGGGGCCUUUGUUCUGGGUCUGCUCUUCCUUGGGAUGGGGCUACUCUUCUAUAUCAGGAAUUAAAAAGGGCUUUAACACGAAGCCCCCAGAAAGGGGGGUAGAAGCAGCAUCAGGAGGUCAGGCUGGAGUCAACCCUCUCCUUCCUCUGUCGCCUGCAGGCCUCUUGAGCGGAAGCAAAGAUGGCAACACUCAAGCGAGAACCUUCUGUCCCAUGC